UAAUUAAACCCUCCAUCCUCUUGUGGCACGAAACCCUCUCCCAGCCGCAUCGUCUUCUUCAAUGGGAGAUCGAACAUAAUCCUCGCAUCAUCUUCUUCAACGCACAGAACCCUCGCAUCGUCUUCUUCUACGCACAAAACCCUCGCAUCAUCUUCUUCUAUGCACAAAACCCUCGCAUCAUCUUCUUCUACGCACGAAACCGGAAAAUCGACCUAGGGAUCGGAUAUAGGUCGGCGAAAAUCUCCUCACCCGAUUGUGAAUCGGGUCAAUCCCUGCCCUUCGAUCUGCUCCAGGUCCUCGUUUUCUUCAACUACUUCGGAGAAACUGUGCUUUCUGUGAGCGAGAUACCGAGGGGAGUGGUAGAAAAUCAAGGGGACGGCGAAGUAAUCCGAUCCAAUAGAUGGUAUUCAGUUGAGGGUAGCUUCCGGAUUGAUUCUGACUACCUAAGCUAGUGCUGUGUUGACAUUUGGCUAGCAUCUCAAUCCCAAGCUGUACUUGCUAUAUGUUGCGAUAGUAUAUGGUUUAACAUGUGAAAUGAAGGGAGUUUCAAUGAAGUCACAACCAUCUAAGGCUGCUUGGAGUAAAAGCUUUGCAAAUAGAUACUUUGAUUAUGAUAAACUAGAUGAGCCACAUCCAGGUGCCUUGAUGACACCCCAUGGAUAUGGUUCGUAUCCUAUGCAAUUGCAGUUUUCACCAUCUCCUUUUGGCCACCCAAACAGCUGGAUGAAUAUGUCAUACCAAAUGAACACACCUCUCUUUGCUGCAGGAGGACAACACUGGCUGCCACCAGGAAAUUAUUGCCAUUAUUUGUACAUCUUAUUAUCUGAUUCCGAAGUAAUUUUUGAUUUCCAAUAAAUAAUGCUCUUGCUAAUGCCCUUUUCAACUUUUAACCACUCUAGGACUCAAUUAGGAAAAAGGUUAGUAAUUCAUUAUGGUGAAGUCCUUAAGAUAUGUUUAACCUAGUUUAGUUCUUUUUUACACAUACAUACAUUCAUUUUAGUUUUAAUUCUUAUUAAGAGCAUGGGUGAAAACUGGUAGUAUAUUCUAGUCUUCAGAACCCAUAUGUCACUGCAAAAUCAAACAUUAGCAAUAAAAUUCUGAAUAGGGGAAAUAACCUAUUAAAACCUGCCGUAUAAGUGGAAGUCUUUCACAGCUUCUUCAAACUGUCCUCCUCGUUGAUAACCUUCAUAUCUUGCUCAUCUCAUUUUCCUCUUUUUCUAUGACUUCAUAUCUUGCUCUCAAAAGGGAAACGUUUGGAUCUAUCUAUGUGUUGUUUCAUGGAAGCAAUUGAGAUGGAUAAUGAAGAGGAUCUAUAAUAUUAUUAAUUGUAAAGUAUUGAAUCAUUUCCAGAUUUGUUUUUCAUUUAAUUGAAUUAGUCUAGCUUCUUUAAUCGAUGAAUGUUGUACUCCAUUUGGUAAUUCCUUUGAUUCUAUGGUUGUUCAACUAAUAGCUGGUGUGACCUUACGUUAUUAACAGUGAUUUAAUUAAUUUGAAUGGAAAUGUUUUAAGAAUUUUAUUUCAGCCUUCACUGUUUUUUCUCUAAAACUUGCAUAUGUUUUAUCUUUUUUGCAGGUCUUUAAUAAAGAGUAUAUGUUUGCAAAGAUAUAAGAGCCACUUUCAGGCUUCGGCAGGACUUUAAGAACCAUUCAACUGAAUUUAGUCUUAAGGUGUCCUUUUCGUAGGCAUAUUGAUGAGUUUUUUUGCUAGUCUUUACUUUCUCUGUAAAUGUUUAUUGUUUUUAGUUUCUUAACAUGUAUUUUGAUUUUCUAUGUAUACCUUUUUAGGAAAACGAAGUAAUAAAACAUUUGUGGUUAUUUGAAUAACCAACCCAAAUUGUGUUUAAGAACCCAUUCAAUUGUGUUUAGUCUUGAAUGUCGU